AUGCGCUUUGCACCUUUGUGCCACUCCAGCGUACAGGCUUCGUCAGAACCCCCUUCAUCAGAACCCCCACCUGCGUCCUCAGCUGCGGUUCCGUGGUACCUCCAGAUCGAAGAUCCCACUCCGCCCGCGCCUGUAUCGCCCUGGCUCGCUCUGCAAGAAAUCCCGCCCUUGCCACAAGAUCCACCGCCCAUCCUCUCGCCUGUCCUCACGCACCUCUCGACCCAAAUUGGCCUCGACAACCUCACGCUUCUAGACCUCCGGCGCCUCGACCCGCCGCCCGCAUUGGGCUCCAACCUCCUCAUGAUCAUCGGCACUGCGCGGUCCGUCAAGCACUUGAACGUCUCCGCCGACCGUUUCUGCCGCUGGGUGAGGAAGGAGUAUAAAUUGAGGCCAUACGCGGACGGGCUACUCGGGAGGAACGAGUUGAAGUUGAAGCUAAGGAGGAAGGCGAGAAAGAUGAAGUUGGCCCAGAGUGUGGGAAAUACGGUUGCCAUGAGAGAAGCCGACGAUGGAAUUACUACGGGGUGGAUCUGUGUCAACAUGGGCCUGGUGGAUGAGGCUGUGUUGCCAGAAGUGAAGGAGGAUGAAGGAGGGGAUCAGACGGGGUUUGGGGUCGCUGAGGGACACCACGCCUCCUCAUCUGGUGGCGCCAUGACGAGAAAGAUGCAGGAGACACUUGCAGAAGAUGAAGAGGACGAAUAUCAAAAUCCUGCAGAGGAAUACGUCGGGUUCGGGUCGCGGACAGACUCGCCGCGCAUCGUGGUGCAGAUGUUCACGGAGGAGAAGCGGGUCGAGAUGGAUCUAGAGGGUUUGUGGGAUGUGCGGAACACGAGACGGGCACAAAGGGCAGAGAAGGCCAAAGUUGAGGCGGAGGCCGCGGUGGCCAGGCUGCAGCAAGAGCAGGAAAGGAGCAUAGUCGGGACUGGAGCCGGCUCAUGA